GAGCCGCGGCGCUCUGCACUGGCCGCUGCACGGAGACCGUACUCCGGGCGGAGGGCGGCAAACCCGCUUUAGCCCCGUUUUCGUCCUGGUUGGGGCUGGUCACCGCCGGUGACACCCCCAUACCCCUGGUGGAGCACGCAGCUGGCUGCGACGGCAACCUGGACCCUGGACGCUGCGCCAGGAAUCCUCAAACCAAAAUAUUAAAACGAAAACAGAAACAUGGGUCAUCAUAUUACAUUUCUUUGUAUAGUUUUCGUCCUGCUGCUUCAGAAUUCUGUAUUAGCUGAAGAUGGGGAAAUAAGAUCAAGUUGUCGUACAGCUCCGACAGAUUUAGUUUUCAUCUUAGAUGGUUCUUAUAGUGUUGGCCCAGAAAACUUUGAAAUAGUGAAAAAGUGGCUUGUCAAUAUCACAAAAAACUUUGACAUAGGACCGAAGUUUAUUCAGGUUGGAGUGGUCCAGUAUAGUGACUACCCUGUACUGGAGAUUCCUCUCGGAAGCCAUGAUUCAGGAGAUAAUUUGAUCGCGGCAAUGGAAUCCAUACACUACUUAGGAGGAAACACGAGGACUGGAAAGGCCAUCCAGUUUGCAAUCGAUUACCUUUUUGCCAAGUCCUCACGAUUUCUGACCAAGAUAGCAGUAGUACUUACGGAUGGUAAAUCCCAAGAUGAAGUCAAAGAUGCAGCAGAAGCAGCAAGAGACAGUAAAAUAACAUUAUUUGCCAUCGGUGUUGGUUCAGAAACAGAAGAUGCGGAACUUAGAGCUAUUGCCAAUAAGCCUUCAUCUACUUACGUGUUUUAUGUGGAAGAUUAUAUUGCAAUAUCCAAAAUAAGGGAGGUGAUGAUGCAGAAACUUUGUGAAGAAUCUGUCUGUCCAACACGAAUUCCAGUGGCAGCUCGAGAUGAGAAGGGAUUUGAUAUUCUUUUAGGGUUGGGUGUAAAGAAUAAGGUUAAGAAAAGAAUACAGCUUUCACCAACAAAGAUAAAAGGAUAUGAAGUAACAUCAAAAGUUGAUUUAUCAGAAUUCACAAGCAAUGUUUUCCCAGAAGGUCUUCCUCCAUCAUAUGUAUUUGUCUCCACUCAGAGAUUUAAGGUCAAGAAAAUGUGGGAUUUAUGGAGAAUUUUAACCAUUGAUGGAAGGCCACAAAUAGCAGUUACCUUAAAUAGUGUGGAUAAAACAUUGCUCUUUACAACUACCAGCGUGAUUAAUGGCUCACAAGUGGUCACCUUUGCUGACCCUCAAGUUAAGACAUUAUUUGAUGAAGGCUGGCAUCAGAUUCGCCUCUUAGUAACAGAACAAGAUGUAACUCUGUACAUUGAUGAUCAACAAAUUGAAAGCAAGCCCCUGCAUCCAGUUUUAGGGAUCUUCAUCAGUGGGCAAACCCAAAUUGGAAAAUACUCUGGGAAAGAAGAAACUGUUCAGUUUGAUGUCCAAAAGUUGAGAAUCUAUUGUGAUCCAGAACAGAACAACCGGGAAACAGCAUGUGAGAUUCCUGGAUUUAAUGGUGAGUGCCUCAAUGGUCCCAGUGAUGUAGGUUCAACUCCGGUUCCCUGUAUUUGUCCUCCAGGAAAACCAGGACUACAAGGCCCCAAAGGUGACUCUGGACAGCCUGGAAAUCCCGGCUACCCCGGACAGCCUGGUCAAGAUGGUAAGCCUGGAUAUCAGGGCAUUGCAGGAUCACCAGGUGUUCCUGGAUCCCCGGGAAUACAAGGAGGACGAGGACUACCAGGUUACAAAGGAGAACCAGGGAGAGAUGGUGAAAAGGGUGACCGUGGACUUCCUGGUUUUCCUGGGCUUCAUGGAAUGCCAGGAUUAAAGGGUGAAAUGGGCCCCAAAGGAGAUAAAGGAUCACCUGGAUAUUAUGGCAAAAAGGGUGCAAAAGGUGAAAAGGGGAAUGCUGGUUUUCCUGGCCUUCCUGGACGUGCUGGAGAACCAGGAAGACAUGGAAAAGAUGGAUUAAUGGGUAGUCCUGGUUACAAGGGAGAAGCAGGACCUCCGGGUGCUCCAGGCCUGGAUGGAUCACAGGGAGAACCUGGAAUCCCAGGAUUUCCUGGAAACCAAGGAUUAAUGGGACAAAAGGGAGAAAUUGGGCCUCCGGGACCACUAGGAAAAAAAGGAGCUCCGGGGAUACCUGGUUUGAUGGGAAGUAAUGGCUCACCAGGUCAGCCUGGCACACCAGGAUUGAAGGGAAAUAAAGGUGAACCUGGAAUUCAAGGGAUGCGUGGGACUUCUGGGCUCAAGGGAGAACAAGGAGCAGUGGGUCCCCCGGGAGAACCAGGAUACCUGGGCCUACCUGGAAUUCAAGGAAAAAAGGGGGACAAAGGAAAUCAAGGUGAAAAAGGCAUUCAGGGUCAAAAGGGAGAACAUGGAAGACAAGGGAUUCCAGGACAACAGGGAAUUCAAGGUCAUCAUGGUGCAAAAGGAGAGAAAGGUGAAAAGGGAGAACCUGGUAUCAGAGGUGCCAUUGGACCAAAAGGAGAAUCUGGGAUGGAUGGCCGGAUGGGGCCUAUGGGUCCCCAGGGGCAACCUGGGGAAACAGGGCCUCAGGGACCUCCAGGAUUGGAUGGGAAGCCUGGGAGAGACUUUUCAGAACAGUUUAUUCGACAAGUUUGCACUGAUGUAUUAAGAGGUAACCAGCUACCAGUCUUACUCCAGAGUGGAAGAAUUCAAAAUUGUGAUCAUUGCCAGGCGCAACACGGUUCCCCUGGUAUUCCUGGGCCACCAGGUCCUAUAGGCCCAGAAGGUCCCCGAGGAUUUCCUGGUUUCCCAGGAAGAGAUGGUGUUCCUGGAUUAAUGGGUGCUCCUGGACGCCCAGGUGCCAGAGGAUUAAAAGGCCUACCAGGAAGAAUUGGAGCAAAGGGAAGCCAAGGGUUUGGGUACCCUGGACAGCAAGGUCCCCCUGGUCCACCAGCCCCGAAAGGCCCUCCUGGAAUAAGCAAAGAAGGUCCUCAAGGAGACCCAGGUCUCCCUGGCAAAGAUGGAGAUCAUGAACCUGGCAUCCAGGGGCAACCAGGUCCCCCUGGCAUCUGUGAUCCAUCAUUAUGUUUUAGUGUAAUUGUCGGAAGAGAUCCAUUUAGAAAAGGACCGAACUAUAGUGUCUGAUGCCUUAUUCAGCAACCUAGGCCUGGUGCUUUUCUUUUGUGGUCUUUUGCAUCUCAGGAAGAUAACCAACAGUAAUCCCUUGAAAAGAAACUAAAGUACCUCGGUGUUUUUAUUAUUACUGUUUCCUUAAAGGAAAAAUAUAUGAAAGUUCACGUAUACUGAUUUUAAAGUCUCCUCAGUAACUUGGAGCCUUUAGAUUAGUAGCAUUAACUAAAUCUCAAGGGUUUCUUGUUAAGUCCAUUUGUUUUCAUCAAAGUUGAAUAUGGAAAACCACCAUUGCCUUGUUAGUCCAUGUCAGUCACUGUGAAAUAUUUCACAUUCCGCCUCCAUGUAGCUGAGUAUUUGAGUUCAAUUCAUGUCUGUGUCAAUUUCAUGUUUCAUAUCUCAUGACUCAUGCUUCUACAUUAGCCAAAACAUGUAUCUGGUAAUUGGAAAUAAGAUCAGGGCUGAUAUUCAGCUGGGACAGACCUUAUUGCCGUACCAAUCAUUUACUCCAGUGUCUGUGCUUAUUUGAUGGGGUGAUGGACUGCUGGGUGGUCAAUGUUUUGAAUAUUACCCCCGAAUAAGACUAAUGUGCUUCGUAUUUCAUUUGCAAACUAUCAAAUUUGAUUAAUGACUAAGCUAAGAAAGUAUGGAUUGCACAAGGAAGGUCAACAUUAUGUAACAUUAAACAUUUUAGAAAAAACAUUUCAUUGUACUUGUUCAGCGUGUUCAAAGAAAACAGAAGUUCAGAAAUACUAAAAAGACUUUCUUCUUCAUACUUGCUGAGUAAUUAGAAUGUUUGUUGUAUGCCUUCAUUUUCUAUUUCAUUGAUUAUAUGUGUAUGUUCAUACAUGUUAACUUUCAUUGUAACAAAGCUAAUGGGAAUAAAUGCUGUAGUUGAAUGAAACUCCUCAGUUCCUAUUAUGUCUUGAUAUUUUGGUAGACUUUAAAUUACUAUGAACAGUCUUUUAUACUGUGCUUAAUGCUUUUGUAAGAAAUAUAAUUUGAGAUAUUUCAUUCAUAUCAUGCUCUAAAUUUUGUAUUU